CGCUCGAUUAGGUACAUUCUAUGCAGCGGAGUGGAUGGUUCGCGAGUUCGCGGCAACCAAUGAAUUUGGAUGAGCAAUUUCUGCUUAGUUCUUCACCAGUUGUAUGAAUUUCAGUUUCAUCAGAGUAUUUAAGUGUUUUGGUGUUUGUCUGCAAAGUCUAGAGGACUAUGAAGGAUGUAGUAAGGAUUGCCAAGCCAGACAACCCAGAGGACUUAAAGGAUGUUCUCGAGAAGGCUCUCAAGUUGUUUCUCAAGAUGAGAAUGGACAAAGGCCCCGCCGACCAACCCUCUGAUGUGCCGGUCAUUAUCGGUGAUGGCAAGCUGCCUGGCGAAACUACCCCAGGCAUCAAUGCGCUCCACUUUAAGGACGUGAACAUGGUGAAGCUCUUCAAGGCAUUUUUGGCCCCUGGAGUCAUCUGCGGGGUGCACCACUUGGAUGUGGUGGCGCGCCUUCGCAUGGCCAAGGAGAGCGGUGUAGGACUGUUUCUUGCCAUCUCUGCCCCGGCAGCCGUGCCCACAGCCCCCUUUGUCGUGACCAAAACCAGAGGCAUGGUACCAUCCGAAGUUGCCAAAGCUGCUGCACUUCAGAGAGUAACAAGAUCUAAAGAUCUUUUACAUUUUUUUCAUCAUUUCUGA